AUCCCCAUUGCAUCUCAAAGUACGAGUAACCAUAUCUUGACUGUUCCAAAUCGGUUAGCCUCAUUUAACACACCCCCGCUUGGACCAACAUCACACCCAACCCAUCCCAGCAUCCCACCAAACAACGAACCAGGAAAUAAACCUAAAUAGCACCUGCGAAACGGUAAAUACAGGACUCCCGGUACCUUGUAUCACGGUACUGUACAACGGCAUCUACGGUAACCUCAUCCCCGGGCAGGGAAUCGCUCUUUUUCUCCCUCUUCCCAUUUUAAAAAAACUGCUCCCAAGUCUGCGCCGCUAUCAGGCAGAAGUUUUAAUACCAAACAAUCCCCCUCAAUACGUCCUCCCUUAUCCUCCGCUGUUGUAUCGACCAUACAGUAUAUAUCCAGAGUUGCGUUGGCUAUUCCCAGAUUUGCCGUGACAAAUUGUUACACCAUCGUAUUGACGACGACAACCCUUACGACGACUUCAGCACUCCCACGGGAAGGUCGCGCGUAACUUACUUGAUUGGUGAGAUAGGUUACUCGGGCUCACCCAACCCAACGCUUAAAUACCCAGCGACAACGAAGAACCAACGACCAACUCACCAUCAACAAAUUUCAAAAUCAUGGCUUCGAACACGCCAGGAGAAUGUUGUAUGAAGGGGGUUAUGCACGAGGGCACGCCGAAGGGAGAAAUGGUGCAGUUCGCGGAAGUGGAAACAUACAUCACCAAGCCUGCCAGCGGAUCUAGCGAGAAGGUGAUCCUGCUAUUGACGGAUGUUAUGGGGAUUUGUAAUAAUCCGAAACUCAUUGCCGACAACUUCGCCGCAAACGGAUACACCGUCGUUCUUCCCGACAUCUUCGCCGGCGACAAAGUCCCCCUCCCAGCGGAUCGCAAGCCAGGAUUUCAACUUCCGGAAUGGCUAAAGAACCAUCAACCCCACCACGUCGUCCCGAUCAUCCAGGAAGUGAUGGGUCAAAUCCGGGCGGAGCUUAAGCCCCGCAAAAUCGGCGCAGCAGGCUACUGUUUCGGUGCAAAAUACGUCACGCAACUCCUCUCCGGCGAGAUCGACGCAGGCUACAACGCUCACCCCAGCUUCGUCACACUGGACGAACUCUGCGCCAUUAAAGCCCCGCUUGCGAUUUCUGCCGCUGAAACUGACUCAAUCUUCACCCCGGACCUACGCCACGCGACGGAGGCCAAGUUGGCGGAGAUCAAGGCUACCUACCAGAUUACUUUGUUUUCUGGGGUGGAGCAUGGGUUUGCGGUGAGGUGCGAUUUGGCGAAUGAGAAGCAGAGGUGGGCGAAGGAGGAGGCGUUCUGGCAGGCUGUUAGGUGGUUUAGGUUGCAUCUUGCCUAGAUCAUAUUAGAUGAGCUUUUAAAGGUGGGGUGUACUGGGUCUGGAGGCGAAUGCGAGUGGGAUCGAAUGAUUCCAUGGUUUGUAGGUC